AACGAGAGAGAGAGAGAGAGAACGAGAGAGAAGAGAGAGAGAGAGAGAACGAGAGAAAACGAGAGACGAGAGAGAGAGAGAACGAGAAACGAGAGAGAAAACGAGAGAGAAAACGAGAGAGAAAAGAGAAAACGAGAGAGAGAG